AUGCCACCUCAGCAUCUUGUCGUCGCCCUUGUUUCUGCUCCACUACACAUCCACAGCUCACAAUUCGGCAUGAUGGCCGAUUUACAGGAUAAACAGACCAUCUAUCAAUAUCCUGAGUUCCAGCAGUUCGUCGAUGCUAUCCUAGCAAAUCAACCUUGGAGAAAAGACGAUAACGAGGACGAGCUGAUGCAGUGGCUGCUGGGCAUGAAGAUGACAAUAUACUCGGGCACCCAUGUGUGCGAUGCCGACUGUGUUUGCGACACACAGUUCAACAUGUUCUUUCAACACAUGGAGGACAUAUCCAUGUUAGACGGCAUCGCAGGGAAGUUCAUCCUCGAAUACACCAUGGUCACCCGUCAGCGCAAGAUUGUCGCCUUCAAGAAUGCUGUCGCCCACUGCAAGGUGGCGCUCAAAGUCGAAACAGACCGCACCAUAGCAUCCUUCAACAUUGGGAUGGGAUGUGGCUGCAGCUGGUAUCAAGCUCGGGAGAGCUGA